GAGGUAUUUUGUCAACGUACCAAACUUGCUCCGCAUUCACUAGGAAGUGCGAGGAAAUUUGUGCGCUUCUUGCAGCCCAUUUGCUCCAUGUUAGGUUUCGGUGGGUUUUCUCUGUUACAGCUUAUAUGGGAGCUUGAAUAGUUUCCCCAACGUAAAGGAUCAGAUUCACCCACAGCUCAAGACAUGCCACGGAGGAAGAGAACGGCAGGCAGCAGCUCGGAUGGGACAGAGGACUCGGACUUCUCCACCGACCUGGAACACGCCGAAGCCGCAGAGCGCGCGCACAAACGCAGCAACACGCGUCUGACCCGAGCCUCCCUGCGCCUCAGCCAGAGCUCUCAAGAUAACUGCACCGUGCUGCGCAGCAGCUCACCGGCUGCUCCAGCUCAGGAUGAAGGGCCAGAUUCAGCAGCGGAGUCGGCCGCGGCGUCAGUGGCAGCCUCCGUCUUCUCUUCUGGACGCAGGAUCACACGCAGCCAGCAGGGGGCAGCAAACACCAAAGCCAAAAAAUACCCUUUGCGUCAGAGCAGGUCAUCAGGCUCAGACACAGAAGCCAACGCAGACGGCAAACAAGGAGCAGAGCGGGAUGAGACGCCACCGCGCACCCCAACAGGCAACGCCCCGUCCUCUGAGUCAGAUAUCGAAGCCUCCAGCCCGAGCAACGACCACGGGUCUUCUAGCAACAAUAUUGUAGUUUCACAAGAGGAGGACGAGAGACUGGCGAAAGAGCUGUCGUUGAAAGAGGCCGCCGCCCACGACCUCUCCCAUCGACCCAAACGGCGCCGUUUCCACGAAAGCUACAAUUUUAACAUGAAGUGUCCCACGCCGGGAUGCAACUCACUUGGUCAUCUAACAGGAAGACAUGAGAGACAUUUCUCCAUAUCAGGCUGCCCGCUCUACCACAACCUCUCCGCAGAUGAAUGCAAGGGCAAGGCAACGACGCGCGACAAGCAGGCCGAAGAAAGGGCGCUGUCGCACCGGCAGGAUGAGAACAGACACUCCACGAGGAACCAGGCCCCCACAGAGGGACAGCUGCGCUACAAGGACAAGGUGACGGAGCUGAGGAGGAAGAGGAACUCUGGCCUCAACAAGGAGCAGAAGGACAAAUAUACCGAACACCGACAGAGCCACGGGACGAGCCGGGAGCCGCUGCUGGAGAACAUCACCAGCGACUACGACCUCGAGCUGUUCAGGAAAGCGCAGGCACGUGCCUCGGACGACCUUGUAAGAGAGAAAACUCAUCUUCACCUCCCGCCCUUACACUUUUCUUUGCCUCCUCUUUCGUUGUUACUACCCUUCCCCCGUCCCCCCUCUCCCUCUGCCCUCCCCCCUUUCCGACCUUACUUCUCUUCUUCUCUUUUUCAGUCUGCAAACCCUCCUCUACAGCCACAGCAGGAGUCUCAGAUAGUUUUGGAGAAGCUCCGUCUGGCCGGCCAGGUGUCGGAGGGCAGCAACAUGAUCAAGACCAUCGUGUUCGGCCGUUUCGAGCUGGACACCUGGUACCACUCGCCGUACCCAGAGGAGUACGCCCGCCUGGGGCGGCUCUACAUGUGCGAGUUCUGCCUCAAGUACAUGAAGAGCGAGACCAUUCUGCGCAGGCACAUGGCCAAGUGCGUGUGGAAGCAUCCACCAGGUGACGAGAUCUACAGAAAGGGGAACAUCUCUGUCUUUGAGGUGGAUGGGAAGAAGAACAAGAUUUACUGUCAGAACUUGUGUCUGCUAGCAAAACUUUUCCUGGACCACAAGACGCUGUAUUACGACGUCGAACCAUUCCUCUUCUACGUCAUGACGGAAGCAGACAACACCGGUUGCCACCUAGUCGGAUACUUCUCCAAGGAGAAGAACUCUUUCUUGAACUACAAUGUGUCCUGCAUCCUCACAAUGCCACAGUACAUGAGGCAGGGCUACGGAAAGAUGCUCAUUGACUUCAGCUACCUGUUGUCCAAGGUGGAGGAGAAGGUGGGCUCACCUGAGCGCCCCCUGUCGGACCUGGGUCUGAUCAGCUACAGAAGCUACUGGAAAGAUGUUCUGCUGCGGUACCUGAACAAUUUCCAGGGAAAGGAGAUCUCCAUCAAAGAGAUCAGCCAAGAGACGGCAGUAAACCCGGUGGAUAUUGUCAGCACACUGCAGUCCCUCCAGAUGCUCAAAUACUGGAAAGGAAAGCACUUGGUUUUAAAGAGACAGGACCUUAUUGACGACUGGAAGGCAAAAGAGACUAAACGUGGUAACGGAAAAAACCAUUGACCCCACAGCUUUGAAAUGGACCCCCACCUAAAGGGACAU